CGAGGUUCAGACAGAAGCGAUUUCCCUGCGGUUGUGACGGAAGCUUCUCGGACAAGCGCUGUGGUCUCAGAUCAACAAACAAUUCCCGCCACACGCGAACGUUUACAGGCCGGAAAACAACACCAGCAUUGCUGCUUGCGGGUCUUUGCCCGGCGGUCAUUGCCACAGCCGAGGACACGACGAAGAUCUUCCGUGACCCCGGACUCCCACCGUGAGCGCGCUGCUCUCAAGGCCACCCGAGUUCCACGUGGGGGUUACCCCCGCGACCCCCCCCCCCACACCUCUGCUGGAACCUUUCGCACAGCGAUGGCCGGCGCGGCCGGGUCCCGCGCGGACUGCGAGCAGCUCCUCGAUCGCUUCCGCCGCACCGACAGCGUGCGCUACGAGGACUUCGCGGCCGUGUGGCGCGACAUGAACUUCUCGCUCAUUCACCAUGGCUUUGUGAAGGACCAGGAUCGCAAGGAGUUCACGGAGGAGCUGAUUCUGCUCGCCUCGCAGUACCUGUCCCCCAUCUACAGCUUCCAGGUGCGUGUGGGGGCGCUGUACCUGCUGUACGCCAUCUACCACACGCAGCUGUGCCAACCAAGACGCAAGAUUCGCUUGGCGCUGAAAGAAUGGGACGACUUGAGCAAGCUGUACCAGGAGAUCGUGGAGCAAGAGCAUUACGACGCCGACUACAUCUACCGCUCUCUCUGCGACCAACACGCCUUCCACUACACCGCCUUGCCUGCACCGCUGAUGUUCCGCAUGGGGAAGAUGCGGAAAGCAAACAUAUGGAAGGAGAAGAUGAACGAGCAUGGGGGUCUCCGGCAGAACCACAACCGAGUCUCUGGUGUGGUGAGCGCCGAUGCCAUGGAGGAGCUACAGAAUAUCCACGAGCACUACCACCACAUGAAGUGCGCCAUCUCCACCAGCAAGUUGCAGCCGGACAAGAGCCUGAGCCUGGCGCGGGAUGACAUGCAGCAGGCGGUAAAGGACGCGCUUGCCACCUACCAGCUCUGGAGUGACGUGCGCGCGAGCAAGAAACCUAAAGCUGCCUCCACGGGUAAGUCAACUGAAAGGAGUGCGGAGGACAAGGAAAGACAUUCGUAUGAGGAAGACAAUGCAGUGGGUUGUUCCAGAGCCGAAAAAUUAGCAGCCAUCAAAAACAAGUCCUACAACAAUCCGACAAAGGCCCCCCGUUCACGCAGGCAUCGGCAAACUGAAAUCAACUCAUCGGAGGACGACCGCAGGAAACACGACUCGCCACGGGGAAAGCGGCCCAGGAGUGGAUCUCUCACGCCGAGGCCAGGUGCCCUCUCACGAGCUGGAGCGGCGAGCCACUUGGCGGAUGACUGCUACGGCGUCGAGGAGGAUACUCCGACCCCACCGAGCAAUCUGCUGAGCAUGCCCGUCAUCGAGGAGGAGCUCGAGGGGAAGGCGACGGCAGGCACUGAAGUUGCGAUGCAACCAUCAAAGAAGAGACAAAAGACGAAGUGACUUCAUCAACAUCGCCAGUUCUCUUGUCGUCACCAAUGACAGACCUCACAGUCGCUGUGGAGUCCCCACACUGAUGUGAAGCAACGUCGUCAUCAACAGUCGCCGUCCAUCGCUUGACGAAUGCCUCCCCCACUCCAUCGUCCCUCCUCUGCGGGCUUGCGAUGCCACAAUCCAUCUCGCUGCUGCGCACGAGCUGAUUUCAUUGCUCCGUCUCCACGGUCGUUUUCCGUCCUUUCUCGGGGCGUGUUCACACCCAUCGACUGCCACUCCACCGUUAGUCUCGUCUAUCGGCCCGUUGUUCCCUCUCACCAUGACGUGUCCUGCCCAAACCCACCGAAUGUUCUGAGCUGUCGAUACGAUGUAUCUGAUUUGUGUUUACCCCCAGGACGCAUCUGUCUCUCUUUCGUUCUCUCGGUGUCAUUCCAAACAUGCAAAUCUCCUCUUUGGCUAUAUUCCAUCUAAUAGUUAAGUUUACAUGGUUCUGAUACAUAUGUCAUAGCUGGCAUUACCCACUGAUUGAAGAGCUUCUUCAGACACACUGCUAUAUUGAUUUUUGUCAUCAAAGUUAGUUAUUCUAAGGCAGUGUUUUCCAUUGCAAGGCCCGCGGGCCACUGGCGGCCCCUGGCGGCCUUUAGUAUGGCCCCCACAGACAAUACACAAAUAGUGAAAAGACCCCUUGCAGGCAGUGUGGCGGCCCUCACUGAUGAUAUUCUAUGGUUCUUUCGGUAAUGUCACAUAGAUAGAAAAAAGAAUAACAAUAAAAAAUAUAAAAAUUAAAAUAAAGUGAAUAAAAAAAUAAUAAAAAUAUCACGACGUUUUGAUCGCAACACAAGCAAUCGUCUUUUUCUGUUCUCUACGUGACUUUACCGAAAGAACCAUCGAAUAUGAAUUCCUGCAGUCACGAAAGUUUUAAGUCAAAAUAAAACUCGCUGAUGUUUUAUCGGUGAAAGUGGCGCCCCUCUAAAAGUGAAUGAAGAACACUUCUCUAAGGCAAUCCUUCCUGCUCUCGUUUGCAUUUUUAUGUUUACAUUUUUAAUCCCAGUCCGCUGUCCAUAACUGCCUUAAGUAUACUCGUUCUGCUGUUUUCCAGUUAUCUCCCUCCAUCUAGCCUGUUAUGUAAGAUGUAUUGCAACUUAGUUUUGAUCAGAGUAUUAACCAGCUCAGAUGUGCCGAUGACAGUCGUGGUAACAGUGAGAAUGAAUUACAUUAAAUGAUUGAAAGGCACAGGGUUAAACUCGAGGUGAUUACGAAGUAAUAUGCAAAUUGAGAAUCAUUAAUGUGGUAAUCAAUAUAACAAAAACAUGUUUAGAUAAAAGCUGGCUUAAAAAAAUAAGCUUAACAUUUGGUCAGUGGCGUUGUUCUCAAUACCAAAAUUCUGAAGGACGUUUGUACUAUGCCGCCUGUAUAAAUAUGUACAUAGAAAAAGGAAACUAUUUUUUGUCCACGUGUUUAAGGCACUUCAGCACUCUGCGUCUGCAAAUCUAUAUUUGUGGUACCUUUGGUGUGCAGCAUUCAUAUUUAUGUUCGGCACCGAGUGAUAUUCUGGAGUGCAACGAAGUAUCAAUUAAUCUGUUGAUGUCCGUUUUUGAACUAGCGAUACCAUGCAUUGAAUAGUUUUGUGAUGUAGAGGGUGCUUCAAAAUAUUUUUUAUCAACUUAUAUGAGACUAUUGUUUUUAAUGGAAAAAGAACGGAUAAUACGCGGUAACAUGAUAACAAAUGUAUGUUAAUAGCUUCACAAAGUCAAGGAGUUUCCACUUGUUUGCCAUCGUUGUCAACACGUGGCCUGGAAUCUUCUCCAGGUGGUCUCCAGAGCCCGGAGGCAGCAGCACAUUUCUUGUGGUACUUUUUGCAAAUUCUCGGAAGUGUUAACAUAUUUUUGAAGCACCCUGUAUGCGGGGCGCGGCGGUGAUUUCGGUGAAUGCACCGCACUAUGAACCCAGCGAUCUCAAUUCAAUUCCCGGCCGUGGGUAACAAUUUGCCAAUUACAUGUAAAUUGGUUUUGCACCCCCCCCCCCUCUAACCAACCUGCAUUAACCAGCUUGGUGAAGUAUGGUCAAACAACCCCCAUUGCCAAUGUAGAGGUGGGGGAGGAUUUCACCCAGCUGUAGAUGGACAAAGAGCUGUAAGUUAUUGUUUUUAUAAAUUAUAAUCGGUGCACAUGAUCCCUGCAAUAUCAACGACCGCGAUGUUACAAAAAUAAAGAAUGUUCCUGAAUUAAA